AAAGGAACUUAUCGAUGUCGUCGUGCUCUCGCGCGUGAUAUACUUCUCUUAGAAGUACUUGAUCAGUGUUUCUUUUCGUUCAGCCAUUUGGCCCAAAGACUUAGUUUCCCUUCCUUUCCUUUGGUCGUCAUACUGGCUUGCUAACCCAGGAAUCUAUCCCUGGACUGAUUUUAUCGGAAACAGUCCUCAUUGCUUGGCAGUGGGACUGCAGAUCCUGACCGGCUAACGGACCAGAUUUAAAGAAUAUGGACAAGAUUAAUGGGGAUCCUGUUGCUGGCGAGAGCCACCCUCAAGAAAUCUUACAAGGGUCGGUGUACAGCGACGGUGGUUACAUCCCGCCGGAAGAUUUGAAUAACCAUUUCGAAGAAGAUGACGGACUGGACUUAGAGGGAUAUCAACCGACGUAUGCUGAAGCUUUCCCUCCCCUUCCAAGCGCUCAUGUGGAGAAUUCAACGCAAAGCGACGCCGGAUCAAAAUGGCGAACUGGAACGGGUCCGAUUCGCUCUACCACUGUGACUCAGGUCUUCCGAGUUCCUCUGGAGGAAAGGCGUUACAAACAGCCCAAUGAAAAUGCUUUUGGAGAUGACCGUCAACGAGAGAUCUGCCGCGACAUUAUGGCAAAGACCGGAGCUUCAAUUGAGAUCAGUUCAGGAAAAGAUCAAGGCUUGACAAUCAUGGUGACUGGAAAACCGGAAUUACUGGCAAAAGCUAGGCGUAUGGUGCUAACCCAACUUCAGACUCAGGCUAAUGUUGAACUCAACGUUCCCCGUGAACAUCACAAAUUCAUUCUUGGCAAAGGAGGCAAAACACUUCAGACACUUGAAUUGCAAACUGCAACAAAAAUCACCAUGCCUAGGGAUGGAUCUGAUACCAUAAGAAUUGUGGGAACUAAAGAAGGUGUGGACAGUGCUCGGCAUGAGAUACAGAUCAUAUCUGAUGAACAGGCUAAACUUGCCUUUGAAAGACUCAACAUUGAACAUUUUUACCAUCCUUUCAUAUCCGGAGCCAAUGCCUCGAAGAUCACGGAACAGACUUCAGCACGUAUCAACAUCCCACCUCCAUCCGUUCAGAAGGACGAGAUCACUAUUGCAGGGGAGAAGGAAGGUGUGGCUAAGGCAAAGGAAAUCAUUAUGGCUAUAUAUGAGGAGAAAAAACGGAAGACGACCACUGUGUCCAUUGAAGUAAAGAAGUCUCAGCAUAAGUAUGUGAUUGGUCCUCGUGGAGGUACCCUGCAGGAAAUACUGGCUCUUACUGGUGUGUCUGUGGAGAUGCCACCUUUAGACAGUGAUUCAGAGACCAUCACCUUGCGUGGUGAGCCAGAUAAACUUGGGACAGCCUUGACCCAGGUGUAUGAGAAAGCAAGUAGUGUUGUAAGUGCCGAGGUUGAUGCACCCCGCUGGCUUCACAGAUUUAUCAUUGGCAGGAAAGGACAGAAUAUACGCAAGAUUACCCAGGAUUUACAAAAGGUUCAUGUUGAAUUCAGUGAUGAGAAGGACAGCGUCUCUCUAGAAGGACCCCCUCAGGAAGUAGAGAAGGCACAAGAAUCCCUUGAGACAUUUAUUAGAGAACUGAGAGCAUCCAUGGACUUUGCAGAAAUCAUAGUUGACCAUAAGUAUCACCCACACAUCAUUGGCAAAAAUGGAAGCAAUGUGAACCGCAUUAAAACUGAAACAGGAACAUCCAUUUUGAUUCCAUCCAACAACGAAAAGAGCAAUGUACUGAGGAUUGAAGGUUCACCCAAGGGAGUAGCUUUGGCCAAAGCUGAAAUAUUGCAAAUGGUUAAGAAACUGGAAAAUGAAAAGACCAAAGAUAUUCUUAUUGAACAACGAUUCCACCGAACCAUCAUUGGCACUAAGGGAGGAAAGAUCCGUGAGAUUCGGGAGAAAUAUCCAGAAGUUCAAAUCUCCUUCCCUGAUGCUGGCAAAAUGAGUGAUAUUGUGAAUUUACGAGGACCCAGAGAAGAUGUAGAUGGUGUUUACACUUUGCUCAAGAAACUGAGCUCUGAACUGAUUGCUGCUAACUACCGUGUCGAAGUUCCCAUUUUUAAACAGUUCCAUAAGAAUGUGAUUGGCAGAGGUGGAGCAACCAUCAAGAAGAUCCGAGAAGAAACUGACACAAAGAUUGAGCUGCCAGCUGAAGGAAGUGACAGUGACGUCAUUGUCAUUACAGGACACAAAGCACAGGUGGAAGCUGCACGUGACCGCAUAACAACAAUACAGAAUGAGCUGGCAAAUGUCACCCAAAUUGAAGUGAUUAUCCCACACAAACAUCACAAUGCUGUGAUUGGUGCAAAAGGCCGGUUGAUCCGUUCAAUCAUGGAUGAUUGUGGGGGAGUAAGUAUUAAAUUCCCACCUGAGGGAACCAACAGUGACAAAGUUCUUAUUCGUGGACCAAAGGAUGAUGUGGAAAAAGCCAAGAAACAGCUUCUGGAGCUUUUGAAUGAAAAGGAGACCAAUAGUUACACCUUAGAGAUUCGUGCAAAGCCACAGCAUCACCGCUUUUUAAUUGGACGGGGUGGAUCCAACAUCAGAAAGGUGCGCGAGAAUACAGGAGCAAGGAUCGUUUUCCCGACACCAAGUGAUGAAGACAAGGAACUGAUCACCAUCAUUGGAAAGAAGGAAGGAGUGGAGGCAGCCAAGCAAGAACUGAUGAAAGCUAUCAAGGAUCUGGACAACAUCGUCGAAGGCGAGGUACACGUAGACCCCAAACACCAUAAGUAUUUUGUUGCCAAGCGAGGUGAAAAACUGCGCGAGAUCGCCGACGACUUCGGCGGAGUUGUGGUCAGUUUCCCCAGGAACGGCGUGAACUCUGAUCGUGUUGUCCUGAAAGGCGCCAAGGAUUGCAUCGACGGAGCAAAGAAAAGGAUCCUAGAGAUUGUAGAUGAGCUGGAUUCCAUGGUGUCCAUCGAGUGCGUCAUCCCUCAGAAGUACCACCGUAACAUCAUGGGAGCCAAAGGGGUCAAUGUCCAGAAGGUUACUUCACAGAACAAUGUUCAGAUCAAGUUUCCCGACCGAGACCCGGCAGCUAAGGGACAAGGCAUGGUUAAUGGCAGCUCCUCCCCCGUGGAGGUGAACGGCGAUGAAGCUGGCUCCCCCCCGGCUAGUCCCCGAAAGUGUGACAUCAUCACUAUUACUGGAUCUAAGGAUAAUGCUGAAGCUGCUAAAGAAGCAUUACUGGAACUUGUCCCAAUCACAGAGAUGAUGACCAUUCCAUUUGAUUACCACCGCUUUAUAAUCGGCGCCAAAGGAGCCAAUGUCCGUCAAAUGAUGGACGAGUUUGACGUCAAUAUUACCAUACCCCCCUCUAAGGACGAGUCUGACCAGGUAGUCAUUGUUGGUACUCGUCCCAAGGUCAACAAGGCUAUCGAGGCGCUUGAACAGAAGGUGGCUGUGAUUGAGGCAGAGAAUGAAGAUCGGCAACUACGAAGUUUCAAAAUGGAAAUAACCGUCGCUAGUUCUUAUCACCCUAAGAUCAUUGGCCGCAAAGGACAAGUUAUUCAGAAGAUCCGCACCGAACACGGAGUACAGAUACAAUUUCCACCCGUGGAAUCUUCGGAGGCUGACGCGGACAAGAUUGUCUUGACUGGUUACGAGCAUAACUGUGAAGCAGCCAAGGAAGCCAUUUUGAAGAUAGUUCAUGAGUUGGAGGAGCAAGUGAGUGUAGAGGUACCCAUUGACCCCCGAGUUCACCGCCGUCUGAUUGGCACCAAAGGAAGAGCCAUCCGGAAAUUCAUGGACACCUACAGGGUGGACAUACGGUUCCCGUCACUCAACACCUCUGAUCCUGUCGUCAUUUCCGGUCUCGCAGAUAACGUAGAGGAAGCAAAAGAUCAGCUUCUGUUGUUGGAAGAGGAAUACAUGCAAGACGUACGGGACGAGAUUGAACAACAUGAUGUUGUCAACCAUUACCUAAACCCGCCAAGUAAACAAGGCAACCAGGCAGGGUUCGUUGUUAGGGAUGCUCCUUGGGAUAACGUGCGGAAGGCAGAUGGAGGCAGGAAGCAGCAGCCCCCACCUCAACAGCAGUCUACUAUAGAAAGGCCCCUUCCACCUGAUACCACCAACAUUGCCGACUUCCCCUGUAUCGGCAGCUCCGCGGCCGCUCCCCGUCCCACAGCCUGGGGUCCGACCCGCCGUUGAGAAGAGUAUACCACGACACUUUUAGUGAGCACGGUCGCUGACAGCUUAACGAAGAUUUUAGUAGAUUUUUAUUGGCUUUGUUAGCUUGUUUACCGUAGUGGUGAAAUUAUUAUAAUUUUUUUCUGAUUAUUUUCCCUGUUUCUUGUGUUUGUGUGACUGGCACUUGGUAACUAAGAGACAUUGUAUGAUCAAAAUCACAUAGCGUUGUUAUUCCGGUUGAUUUUUGUUAGUUUCCCUCGAUGAGACCUUGAAUUUGUCGUAUGCUGGUGGAGGAGUUGCGUGCUUUUGAUUUGGUAUAGUUAAGGGGUUGUUAAAGGGGUUUAGUUACUCUCUGUCUUGGACGAAAAUUCACAUCAUCGUCGACUAGCUUGCUCAGCAAAAUUAAAUUAUUUUUUCAUCUGA